CUCCACCACAUCAACACCCCUACCACUAUCACUACCACUAUCACCUGAACUCCACCACCACCUCAGCAACACCAAAAACAACAAUCAGAACACCAGCAUCACCAACACUACCACUACUACCACCUCCACAACCACCACCCUUUACAAUUACAAGAACCCCUCCAUUAAAUUACUACCAUCACAACAUCACCAGUACUACCCCACACCACCACAACCACCAUCACCAGAAAUAACCACCACCACCACCACCACCACCACCACCACCACCACCACCACCACCACCACCACCACCACCACCACGCUCCCACACUCCUCCCACAAACAAUUACCGUCUAAAUUGGUGAUGUACCAAAUCUUGUACAUGGUACUUUGCCUGUUUAAAAUAUACCCAAGUUCUGAGAGUGAACAUCGUUAUGCGUGUUCACCUUGAUACCGAAGACCGGGAGUGAACACCUCUGCUAUCAACGUUCACCUUGAGCCUACGUAAACCUUCUACGUGGAUGCCUUGCAAAGAUCUUGCCUAUGUGAGUUUCAGCCACUAAACACGUAAACUCCAAGUAUAUUACAUCUAAAUUCGCAGCCGAGAACGAAAAAAAGUGGGAAAAUUAUUCCUUGCGCAAGUGCUAUGCAGGCGAGAAGUCAUAUGGUGGUUCUGGUGGCAGUGCUGACAUCUGUAUCUCUACCGAGGGAUGUGGUGAGUGAGAGUGAGGGUUCUCCUGCUGAAGGUGACGACGUUGGAAGUGAGGCUGGUACAACGUUCCCUCUCGAAACAACGAACUCGACUGAUGGUGACCUUGAUUCCUCCCGACCCGAGGAAGCCAACAAUAGCAUUCUCCAAGAUGAUAGGUACAUUUACGAAGUAGUGGGACCAUCAGUGACUGAGAAUAAUAUGGCAGUGACAAUGGAAAAUAUUUCCACUGUCUUAGUGAAUGGAGUCUUGCAUUACGACAUCGCACAGGCGACGACAACCAGGCUGAUCCUGGGUACGAACGACACGGUUGCGAGGGGAGUCACUUCGACAUCUCAUGAGCCAUGCCUUGUGAGGGACCUCGUCAUCGAAGCUCAGUAUAACCUUCACAAAAACAUCUCCAACUGUAAACUGCAAAGCCUCUCAAUUAAAGGUGGAGAGUGGUGGUGUAGGAAGGAGUUGGUGUGGGUGAGGAACGCUGCUGAGGAGGUGAACACUGAGGAAGUUGUCUGUGAAAACAUCUGGUGCCACGGAAAGCGGAACAAAACUUACUUCCACUACUUUAAGUGCCCGUUCCUGGAAGGUCUAGACAUCGUCAAACAGUUCGUAAGUUUUUUGUGCUUGUCAGUGGACUUGCAAGUGGUAUUACAAACAGGAAUAAUAGAGAGAGUCAUUGUCCAUUGCGAGAAUGCCAACCUGACCGACUCUUCUCUGCCCGAAUUCCCGAUAAACACCACCGACCUCAGAUUGGACUUCAACAAGUUACGGUCAACGACGAAGCUGUUUGAGAGAACCAAGAACCAGGAGAAAUUAGAGGUCCUUUCUCUGAUUGCUAAUAAGAUCGAUACUUUCCCGGUGCUUGAAUCUUCCUUCUUCCCAAAACUUGAGCACGUCUACUUGCAAGGAAAUAACAUAAAAGAGAUGGACACGGAUGGCUUGCUGCAACUGCUGGGCAGAAAAGGUCUUAACAUCGAGCUGAGCGACAAUCCUUGGACGUGUGACUGUAAACUUUACCAGCUUAACGUGGGUACCCAUAUAGCGAAACUUGCACACACAGACACACACACACACAUCAUAUUAUUAAUAAUUAAUGUUAUGGUUAUAAUAAUUAUCCCUGUGGUGUUAAAAGUGAGUUGUAGCUGUCAGAACAUAUGCACUAAUUUACCGCCUCUCGCCCAGGAUACAAUACCUCUUAGGUUCCUGAGUGGUGAAGUUUGCCCAGAGACGUCCUUCGCACUUUCCACAGAUGACUGUUUGAUCUUCCUUAAUGUGGUUUUAGGAUUAUUGAAUAUCCUUAUGUUCUACUUCGUUGUGGACCUGGUGCUCAUCCUGGUGAAUUUCCAGGGGACCAGAAGUUCUCAGAGGCCUAAAGUGGACAUUGUUGUAUGUGGGAUGAAACGUUUCUAUUCGCACGCCUACAGACGUCUGGAUGACAAGGAGUUGCAGAAGCAGGAGGAGAAGGAGUACAGGAACUUGAGCUAUAGGAACUGUUAUAGAGAGUCAUUUUCCGUGAGGAGAAGAACUCCUCGCCCUAGCAUGGAGUAUGGCAUGGGAUGAUUUGUGUAGGUACAGUGUUAUAACGUGACUACAAAGAUGUAGCUGCAGUAACAGAGUUAUGCUCAUCGUACCCCAUUUACUGUUUUAAAUCUGCUUUUACCUGGAUGAAGUCAUUUAAUGAAGUCACAUAUAUGUACUUGAUGAGAAGAAACUUCAGAAAAAACUUCAGCUCGGCUGUAGAUUAAAAUCUUCAGGUUAUUUACCAGGUUUAAUUUACAUCAACUGCUGAAUUU